AUGAGUGAAGAGUUCAACAUCACAGAGACUUACCUCAAGUUUCUUGAGGAAGACAGCGAAAUGACCAUGCCCAUCGCGGCCAUUGAGUCGUUAGUAACAAUGUUACGGGUUAAAAAUCCAGAGACAUCAGCCGAGAUGAUUAACACAAUCAAAUCAGCAGCGGACACCUUGACCUCAUCAAUCCCUAACUCCAUGUCUCUGCGGGCUGGUUGUGACAUUUUCAUGCGAUUUGUGUUCAGGAACACACAUCUCUACGGUGACUGGGAGAGCUGUAAGAAGCACCUUAUAGAAAAUGGACAGCUCUUCGUGUCCAGAGCAAAUAGAUCAAGAGAGAAGAUCGCACAGAUUGGUUUAGACUUCAUCUCAGACGACGAUAUCAUAUUAGUGCAUGGAUUUUCGAGGGCGGUUUACUCGGUGUUGAGUCACGCAGCUAGCAAGUUCAUUAGGUUCAGAUGCGUUGUAACUGAGUCCAGACCAACCAAACAGGGUGCUCAACUGUACAAAUUACUCCAAGAAAAAAACAUACCCGUAAAAAUGGUGGUAGAUAGUGCUGUUGGAAGUAUCAUCCACAAGGUUGACAAGGUAUUAGUGGGGGCAGAGGGUGUUGCCGAAUCUGGAGGUGUCAUUAAUCUCGUUGGCACAUACUCUAUCGGCGUUUUAGCAAAAAAUACUAACAAGCCUUUCUACGUGGUGAGUGAAUCUCAUAAGUUUGUGAGAAUGUUCCCGCUUUCCCCAGAUGACCUUCCAGCCACAGCAGGACCUCUAGAUUUCACGCGCCAUGAAGAUUGCGAACAAUCUCUCCUGGAACCGGCUAUCGACUACACUUCUCAUGAGUACAUUACAGCACUAAUCACCGACCUCGGGGUCCUGACACCCAGUGCGGUUUCUGAAGAGCUGAUUAAGAUGUGGUAUGACUGA